UUCCGUCCACCGGAAGUGGACUUUCCCCAAUACGGCCGCCCUCCUCCUCUUCUUCUUCUCCUUCUCCUUCCACAGUCCCACACGCUUUCCAUUCCCCCCGCGGCCGCCGCAAAUCCUCCAAGCCCACGCCAAGAGCGCCGCCCAUGGAGCAGGCGUCGUGGCCGGACGACUUCCUCUGCCCCAUCUCGCUCGAGCUCAUGACGGACCCCGUCAUCCUCCCCUCCGGCCACACCUUCGACCGCCGCAGCAUCCAGCGCUGGCUCGACGGCGGCCACCUCACCUGCCCCGUCACCAACCUCCCCCUCCCCCCGUCCCCGCCGCUCAUCCCCAACCACGCGCUGCGCCGCCUCAUAGCCGCCGUCUCGCCGGCGGCCGUGUCCGCCGAGAAGCUCCGGGCGGGUGACUGCCAGGGACCGGCGCCGACCUCGCCCUCCUCCGUUCUUGGGCUGCUCCGGCUCGCCAAGUCUGGCGCCGCCGGGCGGAGGGAGGUGCUGGAGUCCGGCGCGGUGUCCGCGCUCCUCCAGCACGCGGCGGCCGGCGACGAGGCGGCCGCCAAGGCGCUCGUGUACCUCAGCCUCGACGGCGACGACGCGCGCGUGGGGCUCGUGGCGGACGGCGCCGUCGACGCGCUCUGCGCCGCGGUGUCGGGCGGCGGCGCCGCCGCCGCCCACGCCGCCACGGCGCUCACCAGCCUGGCCACCGUGGGCGUCAACAAGUGCACCAUCGGCGCCUACCCGUCCGCCAUCCCGGCGCUGGCCAGGCUGCUCCGGCGCGGCGGCGCGCGGGAGCGCCGCGAGGCCGCCACCACGCUCUACGAGCUCUGCAAGCUGCCGGAGAACCGCCGCCGCGCGGUGCGCGCCGGCGCGGCGCCCGCGCUCGUCGAGCUCGCCGCCGCCGGCUCCGCCCGCGCCGUCGAGGUGCUCGGCCUCCUCGCCAAGAACCGCGAGGGCCGACACGACCUGUCCAGGAUCCCCGACAUCGUGCCCGUGCUCUGCAGCGUCGCCGGCGGCGGCAACGCCCGCGCAAUCGACCAGGCCUUGCUCGUCCUCAACUGGAUUUGCUCCGAGAGCGACGAGCUGGCAAUGGAGGCAGUAAAGCUAGGGGCUUUCCAGCUCUGCGAGGCUCUGGUGAACGACGACAACUGCAAGAUUGCCAAGAACGCCGUGGAAUUAGUCCGGACGCUCGAGAAAGCUUAGCAAUGAGACAUCCAGAGAUGAUAUUUAUCAGAAUUUUGAUUCGGCGCCUCUUCGAAUCCGUAUUGGCCUUGGUGUACAAAGGUAGAAACAGCAAAGGUGAUUUUUUUUUUCUUCUUCUCUUUUCAUGUUGUAGCAGAGUCAGAAAAGAAGGCAGAAAACAAUAAGCAGAAUGAAUUAGUUUGUGUUCAUAAAACAACAUGGUUCAUGAAGGGGCCGAGUCCGAGUUCCAAAUCGUCCAGUCCAAAAUGUCGCAAGUAUGAUCCAUCCGAUCAAGUGAUCAUGUGCUCUCAAGUAGCUCCAUUGCAAAUCAUCCUCUUUUUCUCUAUUUUGUGUGCCAUAUUUUGGUAUGAGGAGGAUUGGAUUGUGUGUAUCUGCCUAUCAUCCCCCUUGUGAUGUGACAUAAGAAAUCAAUUGAAAAUUUUCAUUUGUUCAAA